AGAAUAGAAGCAUUGAAAAAMCCAGCUCGUAGUCAACCGCCAAACCGACAACAACAGGAAAGGCCAGGAAGCCUACGCUCUGAUGUGAGURACAGAGAGUCGUCCCAUUCAUUGUCCUACCUUUCAGAAGAAGAGAUUGCGGUAUUGAAAAAGUCUUCGCUUAUAGCCUCGGGUUUGUUUUUACCUUUUUCAGAAGAAGAAGCCCGAUCGUUAUCGCGGCAGGUAGCAGCACAGAAGUCAACUUUCAAACCUUGGAUUGACCCCGAUGGGGACCUCUCUCUUUCGGAAAAACAGAAGAAACGAUUCUACGCAUGGUCACGRCCCCAUGAAAUACUUCAAAGGCGAUCUCAAAUGGGAUUCAAACAGCGCCCACCGUCAAUGAUAUCAAACAUWAGUCCGUAUACAAUAAGACAGCAGUACGUGACCGAUUGCAGCUUCAUUGCCAGUUUGUGUGUCUGCGCAUUGUUUGAGAAACGUUUUCGCAAACGGCUGAUUACACCGAUAGUUUAUCCCCAAGACAAAGAUGGAAUUCCUGUUUAUAACCCMUCCGGCAAAUACAUUGUCAAGCUCUGGUUAAACGGAGUUGCACGGUGCGUUGUAGUAGAUGAUCGGCUACCAGUAGAUCGUCAAUCAAACUUGCUGUGCUCUCAAACAUCAGGUGAUCACAACCAUCUUGAGCUAUUUUGCCCCAUCAUAGAAAAGGCAUACAUGAAACUCUGUGGUGGAUACGAUUUUCCCGGAAGCAACUCCGGUGUUGAUCUAUUUUCAUUAACUGGAUGGAUACCAGAAAGAAUUUUCUUUCCUUCCCAACAUGGAGAAACUAGAGACUUCGAAACGCCCCCCGAUCGAGCUUGGGAGCGUCUCUUUUCUGCCAAUUCAUUCGGUGAUUGUCUGAUCACUGUCUCUACAACACGUGAUAUUUCAGAACAAAAAGCAGAUGAUCUAGGCCUGGUGACAGGCCAUGCAUAUGCUGUUUUGGAUGUUUUCCAGUCGAAAAACGGAACCAAGCUGUUGCAAUUGAAAAAUCCAUGGGCUCGAAAGGGAUGGACUGGCAAAUAUUCAUCACAUGAUAAAAUGAGCUGGCGAGACCAAUCACUUCGGUCUGAAGUCGGAUAUGACCCCGUCGAGGCAGCGAAACAGGACGACGGCGUUUUUUGGAUAAGCUGGGAAGAUGUUUUGCGCUUCUUUCGGAAUUUACAGCUGAGUUGGAACCCUAAACUAUUUUCGUAYAGAGUAACUACUCAUGGUUUCUGGCCUGUCGAGCAAGGGCCAAAAAUUGACACUUUUAAUGUAGGAGAAAACCCACAGUAUAUUUUGGUUCUGUCGGACCAAGCUGUGUUGAAGAAGGCGACCAUAUGGGUACUAAUUUCGAGGCAUGUAUCGAAGCAAGAACAAGAAGGGGCAGAGGUUCAUGAUUUUCUAACUGUACAUCUUUUACGGAACUCAGGUAAAUUAGAACGAGUAUGGUAUCCUCAAAGCAAAAAGUCAAUUGUCAAUGGAUGUUAUACGAACAAUCCACACGUACUAUUGCGACACGACGUCACUGGACCCGAAGACAAGUAUAUUUCAUUGGUUCUUUCUCAAUAUGAGAAGAAAAAAGAUUUGGCAUAUACACUCUCUUGUUACUCCACCGAACCAUUUGAGCUGAGACGACCUCCAAAGCCGCUGCCUCGGAAAUUGAAUCUUUCGAGUGAAUGGACUAAACAUUCCGCGGGAGGUGCCUUCGGAUCGAACAAAUUCUUUGUGAAUCCCAUGUUUGAACUACUGCUGACAGAGAAGACAACAAUACAAAUGCGAUGCACUACGUCGAAUGCAUUGGCUGGUAUGUAACUGCAAUUCUUUGUGAAUUUGAAUUUUCUAUUGGUCACAAAUGAUUGCUGACCCUUUUUUUAAUUUGAAUUUUCUAUUGGUCAUAACUGUUUGCCGACCCUUUUUUCCUCCUUCAUCUGUUUCAUGAUUGAAAAAGUCAAUAUAAUGCUUAUUAGCCU